CAGUGACACCUGUGACACCUGUCUUGGACGCCAUAUUUACCAUUUUCGUCUAAUCCUCGGUUCAAUCGCAUCCCAAAAUCUAUUGGAAGUUUUAUUUUGGGCAGCGAUUUGAGUCUUUUGAUCAUGAAUUCCUUGGCAGGCUACGGCAGUGAUGAUAGCGACGAGUCGUCAGACGAGCGCACCCCGACGAGCUCCCACGCACCGACCUCGGACUCGAGAAGUGGCAGAAAACCGCCCCAUGAGGACAACUACGAGGAGGUUGGGAUGGACAUGAGCGAGGAUUCGAACGACUCUUCUGGCGCUGAUGCGGCCCAGUCCAAAUCCGGCAGGGGCGGCGCCCCAGACUCGAGACCGUGUGCAUCGCGCAGGAGUGCAAGCAAAAGCCCCAAUUUUAAGAAACAGAAUGAAAACAGACGAAAUGGCCGCAAUGAAGAGCGCAACAAAGAGGAGAGCCAUCGAAGAAAAGAUGAGCGCAGUGGCGGGAGAGACUUAAAAGAUGACGACAGACGACGCGAUGAUGAUAAAAGCCGCGAUCGGCACAGGAAUUAUCGAAAGGAUCGCAGAGACGACAGGUCUGGGCGAGAUAGGCGCGAUAGGCGGCGCAGCCGAAGUCGAACCGAUAGAAGGCGCUCCAGAUCUCCUAGGCGCCAGUCCAGGUCUCCAAAGCCCACCGGAUCCGGUUCAAAAGAUAGAGGCCCUAGAGGGUUCCCAUCCAGGCGGGAGAAGGCCGACAAGCGAAUGGACCGACUUGACAAGCUGGGCAUCGAGUUCAAACCAGACAACUAUCCAGCUUCGGCUCUGGAGGAAGCAGAGCGCAACCUCAAAGACAAUCCGAACGGAAAUCGUUUCUUCAUCCCAGGCAUCACAGGCCGAUUCAGAGAGCAGAUCGAGAAGCGAAAGCUGCUCUGGCAGAAGGGCAAAGAGGAGAGCACGCCUCUGGUCAGCACACCUGCUCCCGGCAGUUUGUUAACAGGCGGCAGCAACUCCACGAAAGUAUAUGAGGCGACCACCUUUGCAGACGACAAAACCUCCAAUAAAUUCAAACGCCUCAUGGGUAUAAAAGAGACGGAUCCAACCAAUUUAGCGGUGAAGAGCACGGAUGUUCUGAAGAAACAGCAGGAGAUGUUCAGCUCUAUGGAGGCGCAAUACGAGGUGGCCAGAACGGCCACUCACACAAUGAGGGGCGUCGGUUUGGGCUUUGGUAGCUUUCAACGGUAGUUCCCUUUUCCGACUGAUUGCAGCCUGUUAAGAUUAAAGGAGGUAAAAUUCUUUUUAUGUAUUUAUGUUCUACUGUAUGGCAUUUACUCAGCUCUUCGAUCAGCACCAAUGAGCUAGGUUUAGGCGACUAUACUAAUAGCAUAGUAAUAAUAAAGUGAGAGUUACUGUUAAGUUUGUUGAGCCUAGGAGGGGCGGACGAUUUCCAUUUCAGCUUUUUUCUGUAUAUUAUUUUCUACCAGUCAAUGGGGAUUUUUGGGGAAAUGUUGCGAUGCUAGACAGUUUGGGGCGUUGUUGCAUUACGUGUAAUAUAUACACUCAGUUGAA